UUUGUAUUUCUUUUCUCAGAAAAAAAACAAAAACAAUAAUUUGUAUUUUAUUUUAAUUUUUGCUUCGUAAUAAUUAUUUCCCCUUUUAUCUGAUUUUGAUAUAUUUCCCUUUCGUCAGCCUUUAAUAUAUUACCUUCCCCUUCCCUCUCUAAAAACCUUUCUGUUUUUUCAAACCCUAAUUUCCCCGUCCGUACGCAGACGAUUAAUAACAAUAAUAAGAAUAAUGAUAAAUAUCUGCCGGUUAAUCUAACUGUCUACGGUUUUUCCUAAUUUCUUUUGCGAUUCGUUGUUUAAUUGUGGUUUUGGAGAUCGGGAGUUUCGGUUUGGGAAUCGGAUCGGAGAGGGGAAAUAAAGAGGAUGAGUAAUCAGAAGAAGAGAAAUUUUCAGAUAGAGGCGUUUAAGCAUCGGGUGGUGGUGGAUCCGAAAUAUGCAGAUAAAACAUGGAAGAUUCUCGAACAUGCUAUUCAUGAGAUUUACAAUCAUAACGCUAGUGGCCUUAGUUUUGAAGAGCUCUAUAGGAAUGCCUAUAACAUGGUGCUGCAUAAAUUUGGUGAAAAGUUGUAUUCUGGUCUAGUUUCAACGAUGACAUCACAUCUUAAAGAAAUCUCAAAAUCUAUUGAGGCUGCUCAAGGGGAUUCAUUUUUGGAGGAGCUGAACAGGAAAUGGAAUGACCAUAAUAAAGCAUUGCAAAUGAUUAGGGACAUAUUGAUGUACAUGGAUAGGACAUACAUUCCAAGCACUCAUAAAACCCCUGUUCAUGAGCUUGGACUGAACCUUUGGAGGGAUAACAUCAUACACUCCAGCAAAAUUCAAACAAGGCUUUUGAACACACUUCUUGAAUUAGUUCACAGAGAACGAACAGGUGAAGUUAUAGACCGAGGAUUGAUGAGGAACAUUAUCAAGAUGCUUAUGGAUUUAGGUUCUUUGGUUUACCAAGAGGAUUUUGAGAAGCCAUUUCUUGAGGUUUCAGCAGAGUUUUACAAGGUUGAAUCUCAGAAGUUCAUUGAAUGCUGUGAUUGUGGGGAGUAUUUGAAGAAAGCUGAGAAACGUUUGAAUGAAGAGAUAGAGAGAGUGACACACUACUUGGAUGCAAAGAGUGAAGUCAAGAUAACUAAUGUGGUGGAGAAGGAAAUGAUUGCUAACCACAUGCUGAGACUAGUCCACAUGGAGAAUUCUGGUCUGGUGAAUAUGCUUCUUGAUGAUAAAUAUGAAGACUUGGGAAGAAUGUAUAACCUAUUCCGUCGGGUAUCUAAUGGUCUUCAGACCAUUCGAGAAGUGAUGACUUCUCACCUCAGGGAGACUGGUAAGCAACUAGUUACUGAUCCAGAAAGGCUGAAGGAUCCCGUGGAAUUUGUGCAGCGUUUGUUGGAUGAAAGAGACAAGUACGAUAGCAUCAUAAGCUUGGCAUUCAACAAUGAUAAAACAUUCCAGAAUGCGUUGAAUUCUUCUUUUGAAUAUUUUAUUAAUUUGAAUGCUCGCUCUCCUGAAUUCAUUUCAUUGUUUGUGGAUGACAAACUUCGUAAAGGUCUAAAGGGAGUUAGUGAGGAGGAUGUGGAGAUUAUUCUUGACAAGGUGAUGAUGCUGUUCCGCUACUUACAAGAGAAAGAUGUUUUUGAGAAGUAUUAUAAACAGCAUUUGGCUAAGCGGCUAUUAUCAGGAAAAACUGUCUCUGAUGAUGCAGAGAGAAGUUUGAUAGUCAAGCUCAAGACUGAAUGUGGAUAUCAAUUCACUUCAAAACUAGAAGGCAUGUUUACUGACAUGAAGACCUCCCAGGAUACAAUUCAAGGGUUUUAUGCAAGCCACCCAGAGCUAGGGGAUGGACCUACACUUGUAGUCCAAGUUCUGACGACAGGAUCUUGGCCAACCCAGCCUAGUGUUACUUGCAACCUACCUGCUGAGAUGUCAGCACUGUGUGAAAAGUUCAGGUCAUAUUACCUUGGGACCCAUACAGGGCGGAGACUGUCCUGGCAAACUAACAUGGGCACAGCAGAUAUAAAAGCAACAUUCGGAAGGGGUCAGAAACAUGAGUUGAAUGUAUCUACAUAUCAAAUGUGUGUCCUUAUGCUAUUUAACAAUGCUGAUCGGCUUAGCUACAAGGAGAUUGAGCAGGCAACAGAGAUUCCUGCUUCAGACUUGAAGAGGUGCCUGCAAUCCAUGGCUUGUGUGAAAGGAAAGAAUGUUCUUCGGAAAGAACCCAUGAGUAAAGACAUUGGUGAAGAAGAUGCUUUUUUUGUCAAUGAUAAGUUCACAAGCAAAUUCUACAAGGUGAAGAUAGGAACUGUCGUUGCACAAAAGGAAUCAGAACCUGAAAAGCAGGAGACUCGGCAGAGGGUGGAGGAGGACAGGAAGCCUCAGAUUGAAGCAGCAAUAGUUAGGAUCAUGAAGUCAAGGAGGGUAUUAGAUCAUAACAAUAUAAUUACUGAGGUCACAAAGCAGUUGCAGUCACGGUUUCUGGCAAAUCCCACAGAGAUUAAGAAACGAAUCGAGUCUCUUAUUGAACGAGAUUUCUUGGAGAGGGAUAGUGUUGAUAGAAAACUGUAUCGAUAUCUUGCUUGAAGGGAUGGCUUGAGCAAGUUACGUUUUUUCUCUUCUUGUGGGGAUGGUUUAGCUACCAAUUGGACAUGUACCUUGGUAAGUGGAGAAUUGUUCUAUUUCCGCAAGUUUAUUGGAUUUUAAUGAAUACCAUUUAUUUCUGCUUUCA